AAGAACUUUGAAGAUGAGGACUCUGUGGACGGGGGCCGGUCCUCCUCCUCCGCAUCGUCCUCCAAGGCGCCCCCCAGUGGGAGGAGGACUGUAGCUGCAGCUUCUGUCCGGAGACCCAGCUCUGCCACUGGACCCGGCAAGAUCUCAGCUAAAGAUGCUGCUGCAGGUGCUGUUGACGAGGAGGACUUCAUCAAGGCUUUUGAAGAGGUUCCUACUAUCCAGGUAACCUGCACAGAUAGGGGCGACGUGUGUGUGUUUACAGUAUAAAUUGCCAUCAACCCCAGUCUGACUCCUGUCCUUGUCUCUUCUCUCCUCUCCAGAUCCACUCCAACAGAGAGAUGGAAGACAACCUCUCCAAGGUCCGGGAGGUUCUGUCUGACGACAAAAACGACUGGGAGCACAGAGUUGUCGCUGUAAGGACCAAACACACAAAUGAUCAGUCUCUAAAUGAACAUUUCAGCACCUCAUACUGUGUAUUCUUGCAGUCAGAAACGAUGGUUGUAGCGUAAUAUUGUUAUUUGUGUUUCCUUUUUUCUAGCUGAAGAAGGUGCGUUCUCUGCUCCUGGCUGGAGCACUGGAUUAUGAUAGUUUCCCUCAGCAGCUCCGUCUUCUGGAGGCCCCUCUGAAGCUGUCGGCUAAAGACCUGAGGUCCCAGGUGGUACGAGAGGCCUGCAUCACACUGGGGUAAGGACCUGCAGACAAAACAGCUUUCAACCUCUGUCUUCCACUUCUAUACCAAGUGGAGUUAACUACACUGUUAAACCUAUCUGUUCCAAGAGCUGCUGUCUCAGACUCGGGUUGAGUAUGGUUGACCUGGAGAUGUAGACCGUGAUUAGAGAUGUAGCAGCUCAGUGAAACUGGUGGAAAGCGCCUGGUCUCGCCUGGCCUGGUUUGUCAAUCCAUCAACCUGAUGCUCUUUAUAUGUGUAUCUUGACUCUCUGCUCUGUUGCAUGUCAUCACUACCACAUUAGGAGCACAUCACUGACUGACAAUUAACAACUCUGAGUCUGGAAAACGUGUAGGCUGCUACUACUACUGCUCCAUAUCUAAGUACGGGUACACUAGUCUAGAACCUCAAAUCAAAUGUUUCUGUGGAGAUUUGAAAACUGAUUGAUAUUGAUUUGAUGUCUUGAAUCUCUCCCCUCUCCUCUUCAGAUACCUGUCCACGUUGCUGGGCAACAAGUUUGACCACUGUGCAGAGACCCUGAUGCCCACACUGCUCAACCUGGUGCCCAACAGUGCCAAGGUCAUGGCCACGUCUGGGGUGGCAGCCAUACGCCUCAUCCUCAGGGUGAGUACUGUACACACACAUAUGCACAGGCAAUCAUAAAUGUCAGGGGUUGACCAACAGUAGAUGAGUGUGAUUCAUGCAUUUGCUACUGUAAAAAACAUUUUGUUAUGUAUUUAUACUCAGUUGGAAUGAUAUCUGGUUGCAAGAUGAUGUGUUGUUAAGACACUUGGAGGUGUGAAAUAAACUGUAUUGGAAGAUCUCUGGGACCUCCUCCUCUUCUCUUCCAGCACACACACUACUCACGUCUCAUCCCCAUCAUCACUAGUAACUGCACGUCCAAAUCAGUGGCCGUCAGAAGGUAACGACUCAAGGAUCUUCUGUGUGAUAUAUUAUUUUGUGUGAAAAUCUUCUAGCUUUUCCUGAGGUUUCCCUUAUAAUGUGUUAACUCAUCAUGUCUUCUCUCUCCAGGCGCAGUUAUGAGUUCUUAGAGCUGUUAUUACUAGAGUGGCAGACGCACACACUGGAGAGGUAAGCACACACCCUUUCAGCAUCCACGCUGCAUGCUAAUACUAUUUAUCUAGGACAUAAACACUAACAACAGACUGUAGCAUGCUUGUCUGCUUUUCUGCUCAGGAUCCAACCAGUAUUUGUGUUUGUGUACGGAUGUAGGAUCUUAAUUUGAUCUCCUUGUUGCAGGAGAACUGCAAUGCAGGAUAUUUAAAACGUGUAGUGUAUUUGAGGUUUAAAAAGGCUUCUGAAGUUUUUCACUUAGAAAUUUCCCUUACGAAAAACAUAUCAACCCCUAAAAAAAAUUCCAUUCAUUAUAAUCCACAUAAUAAUUCAUAUUUCCUGUUGCUGCUGCACUUUAGAUUUCCCCCUCUCCUCUCCUCCUCUUCUCCUCUCUCCUCACUUCUCUUCUCCUCUCUGGCGUGUGACAUUUACUUUAAGUAGUUGGGUGUUGGUUGACUGGGCGACUGAUGAUCCCUAGUUAAAUUUAUGAUGCUGGAGGGCUGGAGCGAGCCACGACAACCCUGCUGAGAUUUUAAAACGCAUGUAGAAAGCGUGCUGUGUGGUCACUUUCCCCCUGUGGAGAAGGAGAGUGGAGAAUAGAAAAAGAGAGGAGUGUAUACUGAAGUCUCAGGGGAAAUGAGGAAGUCUGUGUGUCCUCUCCAUUGGUGUAGUUGUGGUUUCCUGGCUGCUGUACCUGAAGUUGUCUCUGUCAUGUUUCCCUACUAUCCCACCAGGCACGUGACUGUUCUGACUGAAACCAUCAAGAAAGGGAUCCAUGAUGCUGACUCAGAGGCCAGAUCUGUCGCGAGAAAGUAAGUUCUUUGGUUGUUUAUUUUUGUAAAUUAGUCAGAAUUUGUCCUCAAUUAAUUAAUCUUAGCAGUUCUGUAACAAGUAAUAUAUUGCUUUAUGACUGCAUGACCGACAGAAGUGGAUGACGAUAUGGAAUAAUAUGCUAUCUGUCUGUGUCUCUGAUUUUAAUACUAGUGAUCAUUUGAAAAAGUAUUCAUUCUUCUGGAUUUUUUAUUACAUAGCAUUGUCUCAUAUGUCACUUUCUCCGGCGAUGAUGUACACUAUAUAUACAAAAGUAUGUGGACACCCCUUCAAAUUAGUGGAUUUGGCUAUUUCAGCCACACCCGUUGCUGACAGGUGUAUAAAAAAUAAAUAAACGUGGCACCGCCAUAGGAUGCCACCUUUCCAACAAGCCAGUUCGUCAAAUUUCGGCCCUGCUAGAGCUGCCCCGGUCAACUGUAAGUGCUGUUAUUGUGAAGUGGAAACGUCUAGGAGCAACAACGGCUCAGCCGCGAAGUGGUAGGCCACACAAGCACACAGAACGGGACCACUGAAGUGUGUAGCGCGGAAAACUCAUCUGUCCUCGGUUGCAACACUCACCAUGCGCAAUGCCAAGCGUUGGUGGAAGUGGUGUAAAGCUUGCCACCAUUGGACUCUGGAGCAGUGGAAACGUGUUCUCUGGAGUGAUUAAUCACGCUUCAUCAUCUGGCUGUCCGACGGAAGAAUCUGGUUUUGGGCGGAUGCCAGGAGAACGCUACCUGCCUGAAUGCAUAGUACAAACUGUAAAGUUUGGUGGAGGAGGAAUAAUGGUCUGGGGCUGUUUUUCAUGGUUCGGGCUAGGCCACUUAGUUCCUGUGAAGGGAAAUCUAAACGCUACAGCAUACAAUUACAUUUUAGACGAUUCUGUGCUUCCAACUUUGUGGCAACAGUUUGGGGAAGGUCCUUUCCUGUUUCAGCAUGACAAGGCCCCCGUGCACAAAGUGAGGUCCAUACAGAAAUGGUUUUGGUUGAGAUCGGUGUGGAAGAACUUGACUGGCCUGCACAGAGCCCUGACCUUAACCCCAUCGAACACCUUUGGGAUAAAUUGGAACGCCGACUGUGAGCCAGGCCUGAUCGCCCAACAUCAGUGCCCGACCUCACUAAUGCUCUUGUGGCUGAAUCGAAGCAUGACCCCGCAGCAAUGUUCCAACAUCUAGUGGAAAGCCAGAAGAGUGGAGGCUGUUAUAGCAGCAAAGGGGGGACCAACUCCAUAUUAAUGGCCAUGAUUUUGGAAUGAGAUGUUCGACAAGCAGUUGUCCACAUACUUUUGAUAUGUCGUUUAUUCAGAGUCAGGUGUGCUGUCAUAUGAGUCAUUUGCUGACAGUUAUGUUAAUCUACUGAUACAAGGGGCUGUGACCUUCAUGUGACCUCUGACCUUGUCUCCCCCCUCCCUCCCUCACCCAUAGGUGUUAUUGGGGUUUCCAUGGCCACUACAGCCGGGAGGCGGAGCAUCUGUUCCAGGCCCUAGAGUCGACCUAUCAGAAGGCUCUACAGUCCCACCUGAAGAGUUCUGACAGUGUCGUGUCCCUCCCCCAAUCAGACCGCUCAUCCUCCUCCUCACAGGAGAGCCUCAAGUAAGAUAUCCCUUCUCCUUCCUCCUCCCUUCAUCCGUCCACCCUUUCCUCCAUCCCUUCCACAGCAUAAUAUUUCUGAGAAAUGUUGCCAUGAUUCAUGAUGAUGUGUUGAAAGAGAUUUAAAAGCGUAAUUAACAUUGAUUUGAAGACUGCACUAAUGGAUAUGUCUGCCUCAUGGACAGCAAUCAUAAUCAGAUUAGGAAAACACUGGGAGUGAUUUUAUUGGUUGAUCCAGUUUAACAAUCCCCCACUGAGUGUUGACCAUUGAUCUCAUAUACCAUGAUUCACCAGCACAGUGUUUGUUAUGAUGAGUCCGGAGUUGGGAUUUGGACAGAGUGAUGUCAUUUUCCUCUAAGACUGAGGAUGGUUUUCCUGCAUCAUCAUCAGAUGGGUCCGAGCCCUGUACUGAUGUCCAGACCUAGGCCUAUGACUUUGUCUUGUUUUGAUAGUUUGAUACACAGUGAUGCUGGGCUGUUUGUCAAAAAUCUGUUGUUUGUUAACCUCAUAGUGGUGUGUCCUCCUGUCUCUUCAGCCGGCCCCUGUCUGUCAAGAGUGCCAUAGGAGGCAGCAUGACAAGGGGUAAGAGUACUACUAAAAGUAUUUGUAAUUUCUCAAAGUGUGUGGUGUAUUCCAUGCCAACUCUUUUAUAUGUAUUUAUAAUCUGUUGUUAUUUCAACCUCUCCCCCAUGGCAGGUAAGAUGGUGAGUUCCAGGGUGAACUCCAACUCCGGCGGUUCUCUUCAGCGCUCCCGUAGUGAUAUCGACGUGAACGCUGCGGCCAGCGCCAAGUCACGCUUGGUCACCGUGCCCUCCGCUUCUCCCUUCAGCUCAGCAGCUGCCCUGCCCCCAGGCUCCUACGCCUCACUAGGUAAAACACACACACACACACACUACCCCACUCCCCAGGGCCAUCUAUGCCAGGCCCUAACAACCCCACACACACCAAACAGCAUUUCAAAAUAUAAUGGUCACUGGAUGUCAGUUCUGUAUCAGUCAUUUCUCAAAGUCUCCACAAUGUCUUAAUUACGUUAUUUAGAAGAAAUGUUAAUCUGAAAACCACUGGCUUUUAUGGCCAGAGUGGAUAUGUUAAUUAAUGUGAUGGUUGUUAGUAAGACAUCGUUAAGCUGUGCUCUGAAGAGAAACAUACAAAAAGGCCAAAAGUUUUGUCUGUAAACUAAUUAAACCCAACAUGACAAAUGGCUGCCUAUAAUCACUCAAAGAUAUGGCUACUGACCUUUAGAUAAAUAUUCAAGACUUUGAUAACUAAUGAUGAACAACUCUCCAUGUACCCCCCCCAAUUUGAUACUGAAGCGUGCUGCAAUCCAGAUGCUGUCCCUCUGUUCUUGCCCUAACACUUCCCUGUGGAGUUUACUGCUUGCUGUCCAUUGAAAAAUUAGAUCUCUCUUCUCACCACCCCACUCACCGCGCGCGCUCUGCGCUCAACCCACUCUCCGCUCUUCCUCGCUCUCUGCUCCUCUCUCGCGCUCUCUCUCUCUCUCCUGCCUCUCCUUUCCUUCCCUCCUCUCUCGGUCCUCUCUCCUCCUCACCACCUCCAUCUCUCUCUCUCCUCUCUCUCCUUCUAUCUCUCUCACUCACCACUAUAUCUCUCUUCUCUCUGCCUCUCUCUUUUUCUCUUUCUCUCUCUCUCUCCUCUCUCUCUCUCCUCUCCUCUCGCUCGCUCGCUCCUGCCUAACUGGUACUAAUGUCUAACUCUAUACCUCUUCUUCCACUCGCUCCCCUCAACCGCCGCCCCCUGCUUUGCUUUAUGCUCAAAAGAUGGCACACCCGGUAAAAUUGAUACUGGUAAGAUUGUGUGUGUUCUGCGUCUGUCGGGGACAGUCAACUGCUCGACUGGCCCCCCUCCCUCCUGUCUGUCCUCUUUUCCGUGUUGUCUAAACACCAACGUUCCCCCCCGCUGGCCAUCUGUGGAACUCUGCAUGAAUGGACUGUCUGCAUGGUCCUUCUGUCCCCUACUAAACACCUUACUGUUAGUGUCCCCUGGAAGUCACUUUCCAGAGGUUGUUAAUCAACCUUUAGGUACUGAUUUGUAGACCUCAUAUUGCCUGGAAACUCUUAACUUAACCGAUAGUGCACUACUACAUCAUUCUGACCUAUUUAGUAUGGUAUAUCUGGUAGGUCUGCAUGUUUGACCAACAUGGUGAUAAUUAUUGAUUACUGACGACAGACCGGGUUAGAUAGCUAUCAGCAGUCUACACAGCACACCAUAAAACCUCUUCUCUCCCGCACGUUGUACACAACUCAUUUUGUUAUCCUCCUUACUCGUUAUUCUUUACGUUUUGUACUGUUUAUUAGUGAUUUGCGAAGGGAAAGGAACCUGUGAUGUGCGUGUAAAGGUUAAUGUUGCAUGCAGUGAAACUCGCCCACCCUGUGGUCUCUGUCUGUGUGUGAGUGGUCUGAGUUAGGGGUCAGAGGUCGCUGAGGUUUAGUCUUGCCUGCCUCUCAGGGUGAUCGUCUCCCUCUUGGUUUUCUACUUUUAGUCCCCGGUAUCUACAUGUACUCUUAUUAUUAUCUACAUGUCACUGAGACUUUCUAGGCCCAAAGUGUAUGUGUUUAAAGAAAGGGCUGUUCCCUAUCCUGUUGUGUAAUGCGGUUGUUCUAGAAUCUAGUGCAACGUUUUCGGACUAAGGAGGACCUCGCCUAUCAAACAUCUUCCGCCCACAUUCUAUCAAAGAGCUUGUGAAGACUGUCUGAUAAUAGGAGUUACUAUUGGCGAAGGUGUUCCUUAAUCUAGGGCCAAGUUCCAGCUGUGUAGCGUUUGUGUGUCUGUACUUGGUGAAAAUUAGAGGCUGGGUGGAAAAAAUGUAAAGCUGCUUUUUUUUUUUUUUUUACACAGUCCAAAAUUAGCAGACAUUUGAACACCCCAAUCAGUUUCUCAGCGUCAGUCUGUGUUGUCCUAGCUUUUAGGAACAUUACUUGGCUGGAUUGCAAGUAUGACAAUACUAGAGACAUUUUAUUUGGGAUUUUACAAAUUAAUAUCUUACAUUGUGUAUAAUAUGCACAAUUUGACAUACUCCAAAGCAAGGUGUGUUGGGUCAUGAUGUUGCUAGUUGCAUUAGACAAACCUUUCUCAGAUCCAAUGCAUGUUUGAUGGAACCCUUGAGGGAGAAGGUGUUCUUUGUGGGAAUCUGUAGAAAUAUUAUGUUUGUUUCUCCCUAUAUCUGUGUUUCAGAACACUCUCUCCUCUCAGUCAGGUCUUUUGUCACCAUCUGUUUAUAGUCGUUUCUUUCAGUUUUGUGUUGUGGUGAACUGUGGUUCACAGCUGCCUGGAUACAGUAUCAUUUGUAAUGUAGUGUCUUCAACUCUCUCACUAACUCCCUGUGUUUGUCCAUCUCUCCCUGUGUUUGUCCAUCUCUCCCUGUGUUUGUCCAUCUCUCCCUGUGUUUGUCCAUCUCUCCCUGUGUGUGUUGUUGUCUCCAGGUCGUGUGCGUACGAGGAGAACAAGCUCCGGCAGUGCUGUCGGAGCCAGCGCUACUGUGACUGACAGCAGGGGGCGCAGCCGAGCCAAAAUGGUGUCCCAGUCCCAGCGUGAGUACACACACACACACCGUCAGCAAAAUUUCUCCCUCACUGCACACUGUCUGAACUCAGGGAAGCCAGUCCACAUUUUCAUCUCCAGUCUCUUUCAUGUAAACCCUCAGUAUGACGUUUAACCUGCCUGCUGUGAGGUCAUACUAGGUUCCCCUUCAGUUUCUCUCGUCAGUCUGUGUGAUGUUUUACCUCAUAAACUUAGCAUCCUGAAGGGACUUGGAGCCACUGUUAUUUACUGCACCCUUUCACAAGAUGUAUUUGUGUCGUGUGUGUGGUUUUUCUCUCUUUGCGUCUGUGAAGCCUUGAUGAGGGGCUUCAAUGAUUAUUGCACGUGUAACAUGACAUGCACAGUUAACAUCUGGCCCAGUGCAUGCUGGGUAAACACUACUUCCUGUCACAUUGACCGUUUAAUUUUCAUGCCCUGUUCUGCCGCUCGCUACCAUAACAACCACAGGAUCCAGAUCUGCUAACCCCAUUGGGGGUGGUAAGGCCCGAACUUCAUCCAAUCAGAGUAAAGCGUCCAGUCCUUAGUCCCGCCCCUUCCUCCUCUGCAGAUCUCUGCAUGUCAAUCAACUCAUUCUUUUAGUUUUUAGACUCAUAAUGUCAUACCAGCAUGCUCCAUUCAACUCAAGUGUCUGUAUUAUAAUACCUUAUUUUAUAGUCUCACAAGCUGUUUUGCGUUGUCUAAUAUGUGGUUCCUUCCGUAUUGCCUUAUUAUCUUAAAUUGUUGAUUGUUACAUUUCGUCGUUAAUAUUGGUUGUUGUCCAAUGUCGUUAAUAUUGGUUGUUGUCUAUGUCCUCUGAACUGUUUUCGUUGUUGUUGUAAUCACUGGUUUGUUUUCCCAAAGCCCAGUUACACCUUGGAUUCAACCCCAUCUUGUUUGUUAGCUGUUUGUCUGUCUCUAUUUAUCUCAUCAAAGCUGAAAUCCCAUAUCUAUGUUAUCCACCUAGUAGGAUAUACAGAGAAUGUCAUUGUCCCAUUAUCUCAAGUGUUGGUUAGACAUUCUGUGGUUAUUCCCCUCAGAAUCACCAACCCACUCUAAACACACAGAGACACUGUAUGUGCCCAGUUGGUGUGUGGCGCUAGCAAAGCCAAGGUCGUGGGUUCAAUUCUCACUGGGAUCACAUACACUUAUUAUGCACUCACUGUACUAGAAGUCGCUUUAGAUAAGUGUCUGCUAAGUGUUAUUACUACAAUAAAAGCAACAUAUGCAAUUAGAAACAUUGAAGUAAUUAAAUAUUUCCCCAAAAAGAGGGAGAGAGUAUGAGGGAAUUCAGCUUUGAGCCGUGACAGAACCUUCCCAGCAUGCCAUGGAGAGGUGCGUCGCUUGCUGUGACCCAUCAUAUCUUGUCUGAAAGGGUGUAACGUCUCACUCUAAGACUGUGGGUCCUGUGUGUUAUCCUUCCUGCAGCUGGCAGUCGCUCCAGUUCCCCUGGCAAGCUGCUGGGCCACUCGUCUGGGUACGGGAGGAUCAGCAGGCCCCCCUCAGCCUCCAGAACCCCUGCAGACAAGAGGAGCAAGGUCCCCCGCAGCCAGGGCUGCAGUAGAGAUUCCUCGCCCAACAGACUGGGCCUAGGUAAGGGACAUUUACAUGACAUCACAAUAUCCGCAUCAUGCAAGUAAACACAACAUAGAGCAUGCAUGCACUCUAUACACUAGGAAAAAUACAUUUGUCAUUUGCUAGCAACGCACUUAGUAACUAAGUAACUGCUUUAUUAAACAGUGCAUAGUAUAACUGACACACCGGAUGCACGUACAUACAGUGGGGAGAACAAGUAUUUGAUACACUGCCGAUUUUGCAGGUUUUCCUACUUACAAAGCAUGUAGAGGUCUGUAAUUUUUUAUCAUAGGUACACUUCAACUGUGAGAGACGGAAUCUAAAACAAAAAUCCAGUUAUCCCUGAUAUCCUUACACAGCUCUCUGGUCUUGGCCAUUGUGGAGAGGUUGGAGUCUGUUUGAUUGAGUGUGUGGACAGGUGUCUUUUAUACAGGUAACGAGUUCAAACAGGUGCAGUUAAUUCAGGUAAUGAGUGGAGAACAGGAGGGCUUCUUAAAGAAAAACUAACAGGUCUGUGAGAGCCGGAAUUCUUACUGGUUGGUAGGUGAUCAAAUACUUAUGUCAUGCAAUAAAAUGCUAAUAAACUAUUUAAAAAUCAUACAAUGUGAUUUUCUGGAUUUUUGUUUUACAUUCCGUCUCUCACAGUUGAAGUGUACCUAUGAUAAAAAUGACAGACCUCUACAUGCUUUGUAAGUAGGAAAACCUGCAAAAUCUGCAGUGUAUCAAAUACUUGUUCUCCCCACUGUAGCAUACAGCACAUGCUGAUAAAUAAUACCACACUGAUGAGGGCCAUGUAUGUAUCAAAACAUACCGAUAUGCCCAACGUCGUCAUUGUACACUCCCAUCUAUCUAGUGAUAAACGUAGAUACAGUACACCAAGUAUGUCCUUUGAAGCUCAGAUAUACAUGGUCUUGGUUUCAUAAACACAAAACAAGGAAACACAAUAAACACAAAAGAUAAGUCUUGAAAGCAAUGGACCUUUUGCACUCAAAUACUGGAUGAAAAUGCUGAAUGGCAAAGAACUGAAUGGCAAAAGGCAAGGAGGGUGAAUGGUAAGAGCUUGUCUUUCAGCUUCUACAGACUAUAACUGUCUCUCAGGGUUAGCAGCUAAGUAGAACUGUGUUUUGGUAGAGGUCUCUCAUCUUGGUAGUAUUUCUAUCUUCCAGGCAUGUCACAUCAUUGGGGUGGUACCUCCUCUUUCAAGAAAGUGGAUGAGCCUCUGUAGGGCUAGUCUGGUCAUCAGCAGCCCAGCUUAUGUCCUUCCAGUCAGUCUGAGUCACUGGCUCUUUUCUGACUCUGUCCUAUCGCUGUGAUUGAUUGGUCUGUGUAUUUCUUAAAUGCCAGGACUGACCAACCAGCUCUCUCCAUCUUGGCUUGCUAUCAGUGUGCUGUCUGAGGUCACCCUCUUGUCUGUCAGUCUGUUGUAAAUAAUACCAUCAUCUCUGAGUUGGGAACGGUGCCUUUUUUACAUCUGUCCAUGGAUGAGAUUUAAAAAUGAUGGAUACACAAAAUUAACAAUUACAUGUAAUGAACGUUUCCCAUUGAUAUGUAGUUGGUUUUCUUCUUGUCUUUUUUCAUCAUUUGUUUUGUCUUUUUAUUAUAACAAUAACUGAAUAUAACGGUUUGUCUUUAAUUUCCUUUGGUGAUAUUACCAUAUAUUUCUAUACCCUCUUAACUUUUUUUUUUUUUUUUUUUUUUUUUUUCUUCUUUUGUAUGUUAACUCUGUAUAUCUGUUGUAAGCUACGGUCAUACCAAUCAUAUUUUCACAGACAACCUUGUGAAAUAAGAAAAACAUUUAAAAACUGACUUGCGCUAACGUAGGUGUCUAAAAUCUAACCUGAUGUCCAGCGUACUCCAACCCACCACCACGCUCCACAGUCCUCCUACCCCUCUCCCCCCAGUCCCCAACCCCAGCCCCAACCCAGGCCUCACCUCACUAACCCCAAACCUGUGUUCUACCGUCCUACUGACAGCCAGGCUGUGUGGUAAAGCUCUUGUUCCUGGUACUCCUCUCUCCUCCUACAACACGCUAGCAAGGAGCCGUAUCCCCCGGCCCAGCAUGAGUCAGGGCUGCAGCAGGGACACAUCUAGGGAAAGCAGCCGAGACACCAGCCCUGCUCGGGGCUUCAAGCCUCUUGGUGAGUACCACGACCAACCGGACACCAGGAGGCCUCUUGGAAGCAGCAAGGCCCACUAGUACACACCCCUCAGUCUCUUAGUCCCCCUCCUCUAGACCCCUACUCUCUGUCCCAGCCUCUCUCUACACCCCAGGACAUCUAGAUAGAAGAUCCCCCUCUAGAACGAAUGGGUAUAGACCUCUUCUUUUGCCUGUUCUGAUCUAGUCUGCAUGCACUAACCCUCUCAAAGGUUCAGGAAUAUAAUCACUGCACUGUCUUCUGUCUGUCUUGUUGGGAAUGCUCCAAAUGUUAUCCUAUAUCAGUAUGUUUCUGUGUCUUUGUAUGUGUAAUAAAUUACCACCAAAAUGUAAAGAUCACAAAAAUCUCUGGAUGUUCAAGAUUCUGUUUGAACUUUUUGCUCCAAUGACUUAUGUACGAUAACUUAUUCGGCACAUCUCAUAAUAAAUCCACAUCAAGAGGCAGAGAAAAAAGGCAGUGACUACAGUAAACAUUGUACUGUAUGCAUCAUCGUAUUCAAUGUCCAUAGCUGACCUGCUUCUCCGCUCUUUCCUGUGCUGCUGUCAUAUCACAGGAAAUGACACAACUUUGUCACUGCUUUGUCAUGGGGGACAGAGGGGGAAAAAAGCAACAAAAUAGUGGGACAAAGUGUGAAACCCCCCCCUACCCUAUGAUUGUUGUAGAUGUGGGCAGCAGGUAGCCUAGCAGUUAGAGCGUUGGGCCAGUAACUGAAAGGUUGCUAGUUUGAAUCCCCGAGCUGACUAGAUUAAAUCUGCCCUUGAGCAAGGCACUUAACCAUAAUUGCUCCAGGGUAGCCGUCAAUAAUGGCUGAUCCCUGGCCAUGACCCCACUCUCCGAAGGUGUCUCAGUGGGAGUGGGAUAUGCAAAAAACACACUUGCAUUUUACAACACACACACGUACAUGUGUGAAACAGGACAAAUAUAAGCACCCCCUGUUUGGCUGGUUGGUCAUAGCCAUAGUAGAUGAAUGCAGCGAGGCGCUGAGCCUUAGUCGUCUACAGAGGACGGUAUCUGUCGUGUAUGUGUCACUAACGCCCCGGGUGUCACCCACCUGUCCUGUCCCUUGCAGCCUCCCGACGUACCUCCCGCUCUACCAGCGCCUUAUCCACAGCUGACCCCCACAGCCAGUCAGGUGACCUGCAUGCCCCACCCCUUUCCCCGUCCCCCAUAUUAGCGACAAUGCCAGCAUGUGUCCAUACGUUGUACUGUGAGGGCUGUGCCCACCCUGCUGUGCCCACCCUGAGGCAACAUUUAUUCAAACUUUUGAAGCUUGUAAUGGUCUUUACUUUUCAUUGAGGAGAAGAUUUGUCAUAUUAUGUGUUGUGAUCAUCUGCUUCAAUAUGAUGUUUUGUGAUUUUAUUUUACAAAGCUUGUGUUGUCUCAUACUGCAUAAUCAUGAUAUCCCCAUCCAUAUGAUUUUCUCCUUGUUAGUGACUUUUUGGAUGUUGUAUAAUGCAUUUGUACUAUUGUGUAUUAAGUAUCUCAUAUCAGAUUUGUUUUAUUUUCCCGUCUGCAAGUGUCAGCUUAUUUUUUCUUCAUUUUUCAUGAGGUGUUUCAAACAAGCACCAGUCAUUCUGUGGUGAUUUCUGUUGGUGGUUGGCACCUCUUCAUCUUUAUUUCAGCAUUCUUUUUUUUUCAUUUAUCAGUCAAGCUUUUUGGCGUUUUCGUUUUCAAGCUUUUUGGUGUUUCAGUUUCAAGCUUUUUGGUGUUUUCAUGCCAAACUCUUUAAUUUCUUUACCCCGCAAACCCCAUCAUGUCUUACAUGGGAUUUGAUUACCAUAUUCUGAGGUAAGUCCCUGUCAUCCAUUCCAAUGGCUUUCUCCUCUGUUUCCUCUCUCACCCCUCUACCCUCUCUUUCCCCCCAGACCGAUUUGGUUUGAUCCACCAGGCCCGCAUUUCUGCCUCGGUGAACGCCAUGAGAGUCCUCAACACUGGCACUGAGGUGGAGGCUGCUGUGGCUGAUGCACUGGUAAGUCACCAAUCAACUCUUGCCAGUUCUGAAGACAUCACUACCGUUUGUCUCAAGGUAGAGUGACAGUUAGUCAGCCCCUCAUUUACAGAAUGUUAGUUAAUGGCCGAGGGAUUGAUGUGGAAGCUGUAUGCAGUGUUUGGAUAUUUGCUGUCGGCCUUAUUCAAUCUAAUGAUUCCCAGGGGUUUUUGCCUGUUUAGCAUUUGACAGAAAAUAACUUCAUUAAGAAGUCAAAUGUAAUGACAUGACAUUAUCAAGAGUGCUCGCGUUUGUUUGUGUAUGACUAUCAGAAUAUAUAUGGGGGAUAAACUUAGACAGCAAGUAAUUCAACAUUGCUAAUGUGUAGAGAAAUUCAUUUAAAAAUGUAUUGUCUUACUCCCAAGCAGGACAGCACUCAUGUUUUCCCUUGACAGUUUACACCCCAUUUAAAAUAUACCUAUUUUCUUCUUCCUCCUUGGUUGUCUGUAUCUUCAGCUAUUAGGAGACUCCAGAAAUAAGGUAAUUGUCCAAUUUGUGUACAGUUUGUUGAUUAGUGAAUAGAAUGAAUAUAAUUUACAAAGAUCAUACAGGCCACAUUUUAUCACUAAAUGUUACCGUUAGGCCAAAAGCUUAACCUGCAGAUUUGAUUUAUUAUUCAAUUAAAUAUCCCAUAUUAUGAUUAACAGUAUGCAUUCUUAUAACAUAAUUUAAUAAUCUCAUUGCAUGUCCAUAUCAAUCAUGAUAAAUCAAGAGUUGGAACAAAUUGCAUCGCUAUACCUCAUUCAUUGCGAAUGGCAACCUAAUAGAAAUUGUGCAUCGUAGCUCAUCAAAUCCUACAUCAUGGCUGAGUUUGAGUGACCAAGCUUUUCCUACAGAGUUUUAGUCUGUCUGUCCCACUUCGCUCCUGGUCCUAUGACCUAUGAACUCACCAUUAACCCAUCCCUCCCCAUUCCCUUCCCAACAGCGGAAGCCUAUGAGGCGGCGCUAUGAGUCUCCUGGUAUCUAUUCUGAUGAUGAUGCUAACAGCGAUGCGUCCAGCGCCUGCUCGGAACGCUCGUACGGCUCCCGGAACGGAGGUAUGUGGUCCUGUGUUACUCAGUUGGUAAGAACAUCGCACUAGCAACACAAAGGUAGUAGGUUCAAUUCCCACUAGAUUUACAUAUAUACUAAAAUGUACGCACUCACUUUGGAUAAAUGCGUCUGCUAAAUGGUAUAUAUUAUUAUCAUGAUCUAGGUAUCCCUCACUACCUACGUCAGACAGAGGAUGUGGCGGAGGUACUCAACCACUGUGCCAGCUCCAACUGGUCUGAGAGGAAGGAGGGACUGCUGGGACUGCAGAACCUGCUCAAGAGUCAAAGAAUACUCAGGUCAGCCCAGGGCAGGGGGGGUGGACCUUUUACAAAGGAAUCUAUAAGGAUAAAGUAAAGGUUUGUGUUUAGAAGGUAGAGUUUGGAGAAGGUAGAGUUUGUGUUUAGACUGUUGUGCCAGCUGUGUUCUUUCAUAUUUCAUGGUCAUUUCCUUUUUGAAAACUUCCACCAACUUUUAAAGAGGCCAGCAUAUCAAGAGUCCUGCAGGGUGUUUCUUUUUAUAGCUUUACUUAAUUGAGGGAGAAAUGACUUUGUGAGCAGCCUGCAGGUAUAAAUCCGCCCGUCAGAUGGUGCAGUUAAAAAUGAAUUUCAGACAAAGCAGUUUGUCUGCUAUCUGUGAGUUUCCCUGUCAGGCCUCCAGCGGUUUACGUCAAGCCUCGCUGUCUGUUAUGUGUGUCUAUGUUUAUUAAUGUGUUCCGGCGGAUGCUGUUGUGUGUUGCAGCCGAGUGGAGCUGAAGAGACUAUGUGAAAUCUUCACCAGGAUGUUCGCAGAUCCACACAGCAAGGUAGGUGACAGGAUGUUCAGCUGUGUUGUUUGAACGUUUCAUAUCAAUACAAUUAUACACUCAUAACUUUUACUUUUGAAAUUCAAAAACCAAUUGCUUAGCAGUGAUUUGUCUGAAAACUAAUUGAGUGUGUUUUGUUGCAUGGCCUGCUUUGGUGUGGAUGUUAACAACAGCGAGUAAGUGUGUGUUUUUAUUCUCUCAAAUAUCUACUAUGCUAUAUACUAUUAUAUUGCCUGUGUUAUUACUUAUAAAGAUGCUAUGUUUUCAGGUGUUGAUGGUAGCUCUGUGUGUGUGUGUGUGUGUGUUCCUCAGGUGUUCAGUAUGUUUCUAGAGACUCUGGUAGACUUUAUCCUGGUGCACAGAGAGGACCUGCAGGACUGGCUGUUCGUCCUGCUCACCCAGCUACUGAAGAAGAUGGGAGCUGACCUGCUGGGAUCCGUACAGGCCAAGGUCCAGAAGGCUCUGGACAUCACCAGGUAUGGACUUCUAAAUCCCCCCUCCGAUAACAUCUCUAACCAUUUUCACACUAUCAUGCCGACCCAAACCAAACUGUGUUGACUUGGAUAUUUUAUUUUUUAUACAGUCCUUUUCAGCACUGUUCCAGCAACUUUGGUGGAUUAGUAACUAGGCCAGCUCAUUACAGCUGUUUUUGGCUCAGUCACGUGAAAAUACCAUUUUGAGUGUAAUUUCGCUCAUUCAAUUUAGUAACUAAUAUUGUUUUCUAUUUUGUUCUCCUCAGGGAGUCUUUUCCGUUUGAUCAGCAGUUUAACAUCCUGAUGAGGUUCAUUGUGGACCAGACACAGACACCCAACCUCAAGGUACAGUAUGCAGAGAAUGUCACAUAACUAGAUUAUUCUCUGUUUGUUUUGGGGGUUGGCUCUGGGUCUAAGAAUUUAUGAUUUCAAAUACCAGUAAUCUACAGUACAAUGGUGAUAUUGUCAAACAUUUUAAAAGUAAACUUGCUGAAUGCUAAAUGCCUGUGUGUAUCGUGAAGCUAAACCAUGUGUGUAUCGUGAAGCUAAACCAUGUGUGUAUCGUGAAGCUAAACCAUGUGUGUAUCGUGAAGCUAAACCAUGUAUGUAUCGUGAAGCUAAACCAUGUGUGUAUUGUGAAGCUAAACCAUGUGUGUAUCACACAGGUGAAGGUGGCCAUCCUGAAGUACAUAGAGUCACUGGGAAGACAGAUGGAUCCUACAGACUUUGUCAACUCCAGUGAAACUCGACUGGCUGUAUCUCGCAUCAUUACGUGGACCACAGAACCCAAGAGCUCUGACGUCAGGAAGGUAUGUCUCAGUGGGAAGUAGGAACUACUACUUACUGUAGGUAUCUGCUGCAAUAGGUCCUGUAGUCCCUAUGGUCUGCUCAAUAAGGACUAGCUGAACCACAUGCUGUCUAGGCAGAUUGCUAUGCUAAUACUUUAUUGUUAAUAGUACAGCAGCUGGAUUAGCCUACUUCCUCAAUCAAAUUCAGUUUGAACUGUUUUUAGGAUAUAUUCACUUGGAUUAAGUCUGUUAUCAUUUGCUGUUAAAUCUUAGCAAACUCAGAAACCAUCCUUUAGAGGAAAUGCAUUCAAUAGUUUUUCAAUGUUAUCCAUAUUACGAUCUAAUUAUGUACUGUAGCUAUCUAUCCACUGGGUUUUACCUCCUUUGAAUUACUACAGAUUUUCUGUUUGUAUUUGUUGAUGUUCUAAACGGUUGUCAACGAUGCCAUGUGCCACCAGGAAUGACCUUGGGUUAACAGACUCUAUCUCCCUGUGCUGUGGCUGGACGUGUAUACUGUUGGGCUGUUUGUUUUUCCCACUACUAGUUCCAAAUUAAGUCCUCAACUAGCUAGUUUUUUAACCCAGUAGGGUACUAAAAACGGUAGACAAAAAAUUAUCUUUGAUGGGAGGGGGAAAUAAAUACUUUUUUCAUGCUUUUUAUUGUUUUAUAAUAGAAACAAACGUUAUAUACCUCAACUGCAUCCCACAGGAGGACCCGGCUUACAGCUAUAACCAUGUCUAGGUUUAUAGUAGUGUACUACUAUAAACAUCUGCUUUCCUUUGUCAAAACUACAAUACCCAUAAUUCUACCCCCCUGCCACUGUGCCCCAGACCCUUCAUAACUGGGUGGUGGAGGAGCUAUCAGGCAGGUCCGGUACUGCAGCCUUACUGUCCCAGCAGGCCGGGGAGGGGCACCUGGAAGAGAGGUGUAAGCAGGUAGUGCCUCAUCAACCAAUCACUGUCCAACACCAAGCACGCACCGCCCGCCGAGCCACACCGACACCUAACUGCCUCAACGAGUGGGAAACGAUCUCAAGUGUGGCCUUGCCUCUCCACCUCACCUUUACGCUCUCUAGCCCUUUCUAUCGCUCGCUCUAACCUACAGUAGCUAUUCCUUGCGACUUUGAUUGCAGAUAAAUGGACUGGUUUGAGAGUGAAAAUACUUUUGUUGGCCAACAAAACACUACUACAACACAACACAGUAUUUAUGUAAGGAUUAUGAGAAUGGAUUGUUGCUUUGUUUUUUCAAAGUGAGAGUUCUACCGACCGAUGUCAUUGCUAAAUAACAAUGUGAAAACUUGAAUGCUGUUUUUCCCUCUUCUGUUCUGUGUGCCUAACACAUCUUGUCUGUUUUGAACCACAUUAACACCCUCUCCAUAUGCAUGCUAACAUGGUAGUUUGUAGUAGAAUGAAUGACUUGAUUUAACAUUGUGUUUAUUAAGGGAAUGUCUCAGUCCUUGUUAGAUGCAAUAUCUUACCUGCCAGAAGUUAGAUUUUCAGAAUGUAAUAUUUUGUUUUAAAAGCAUGAUGUCUCUUACCACAAACAUAUAAUGGACUAUAUUAAAGCUAUAGUUGCAAAAACUUGUUUGAUAAUGUGAUCAACGGUUUUUCUGUACUGUUUUAGUCAGUAUAUAACACUACUCACUGUGUACAUCCAAGUCUCUCCACUGGUAGGGGUACCUGACAAACUGACAUAGCUCCUAGUGGAGCAAAGGGCUUCACUGUAGGAGUACAUAAAUACAUAACCCACUAUUGACUAUUAUGUCUGUACCCUAUGUCCCAGAGGCAUCCCACCUAACACACGGUUUACUGUACCUGUCCCCUCUGUCCUCCAGGCAUCCCACCUAACACACUGUUUACUGUACGUCUGUCCUCUGUCCCCCAGGCGGCCCAUAACCCACUAUUGACUACUGUAUGACCCUCUGUCCUCUGCCCCCCAGGCGACCCAUAACCCACUAUUGACUACUGUAUGUACCUCUGUCCUCUGUCCCCCAGGCGGCCCAUAACCCACUAUUGACGACUGUAUGUCCCUCUGUUCUCUGCCCCCCAGGCGACCCAUAAUCCACUAUUGACUACUGUAUGUACCUCUGUCCUCUGCCCCCCAGGCGACCCAUAACCCACUAUUGACUACUGUAUGUCCCUCUGUCCUCUGUCCCCCAGGCGACCCACAACCCACUAUUGACUACUGUAUGUCCCUCUGUCCUCUGCCCCCCAGGCUACCCAUAACCCACUAUUGACUACUGUAUGUCCCUCUGUCCUCUUCGGCCCAUAACCCACUAUUGACUACUGUAUGUCCCUCUGUCCUCUGCCCCCCAGGCGGCCCAUAACCCACUAUUGACUACUGUAUGUCCAUCUGUCCUCCAGGCGACCCAUAACCCACUAUUGACUACUGUAUGUCCCUUUGUCCUCUGCCCCCCAGGCUACCCAUAACCCACUAUUGACUACUGUAUGUCCCUCUGUCCCCCAGGCGGCCCAGGUGGUGCUGAUAUCUCUGUUUGAGCUGAACACCCCAGAGUUCACCAUGCUGCUGGGAGCCCUGCCCAAGACCUUCCAGGACGGGGCCACCAAGCUGCUCCACAACCACCUCAAGAACUCCAGCAACACCAGCAGCGUGGUAAAUGAAUACAACCAGGGAUAAGAUCUGUUUUACACUAGCAGCCAUGUCUAUUUUGGUGGGGUGAUUUGAAAGAUUUAGCUUUUUAACCUACAGUGCCUUGCAAAAGUAUUCAUCCCCCUUGGCGUUUUUCCUAUUUUGUUGCAUUACAACCUGUAAUUUAAAUUGAUUUUUAUUUGGAUUUCAUGUAAUGGAAAAGUGGUGCGUGCAUAUAUAUUCACCCCCUUUGCUAUGAAGCCCCUAAAUAAGAUCUGGUGCAACCAAUUAUCUUCAGAAGUCACAUAAUUAGUUAAAUAAAGUCCACCUGUGUGCAAUCUAAGUGUCACAUGAUCUCAGUAUAUAUUCACCUGUUCUGAAAGGCCCCAGAGUCUGCAACACCACUAAGCAAGGGGCACCAUGAAGACCAAGGAGCUCUCCAAACAGGUUAGGGACAAAGUUGUGGAGUACAGAUCAGGGUUGGGUUAUAAAAAAAUAUCCGAAACUUUGAACAUCCCACGGAGCAUCAUUAAAUCCAUUAUUAAAAAAUGGAAAGAAUAUGGCACCACAAUAAACCUGCCAAGAGAGGGCCGCCCACCAACAUUCACGGACCAGGCAAGGAGGGCAUUAAUCAGAGCGGCAACAAAGAGACCAAAGGUAACCCUGAAGGAGCUGCAAAGCUCCACAGCGGAGAUUGGAGUAUCUGUCCAUAGGACCACUUUAAGCCGUACACGCCACAGAGCUGGGCUUUACGGAAGAGUGGCCAGAAAAAAGCAAACACGUUUGGUGUUUGCCAAAAGGCAUGUGGGAGACUCCCCAAACAUAUGAAAGAAGGUACUCUGGUCAGAUGAGACUAAAAUUAAGCUUUUUGGCCAUCAAGGAAAACGCUAUGUCUGGCGCAAACCCAACACCUCUCAUCACCCCGAGAACAGUGAAGCAUGGUGGUGGCAGCAUCAUGCUGUGGGGAUAUUUUUCAUCGGCAGGGACUGGGAAACUGGUCAGAAUUUAAGGAAUGAUGGAUGGCGCUAAAUACAGGGAAAUCCUUGUGGGAAACCUGUUUCAGUCUUCCAGAGAUUUGAGACUGGGACGGAGGUUCACCUUCCAGCAGGACAAUGACCCUAAACAUACUGCUAAAGCAACACUCGAGUGGUUUAAGGGGAAACAUUUAAAUGUCUUGGAAUGGCCUAGUCAAAGCCCAGACCUCAAUCCAAUUGAGAAUCUGUGGUAUGACUUAAAGAUUGUUGUACACCUGCGGAACCCAUCCAACUUGAAGGAGCUGGAGCAGUUUUGCCUUGAAGAAUGGGCAAAAAUCCCAGUGGCUAGAUGUGCCAAGCUUAUAGAGACAUACCCCAAGAGACUUGCAGCUGUAAUUGCUGCAAAAGGUGGCUCUACAAAGUAUUGACUUUGGGGGGGUGAAUAGUUAUGCACAUUCAAGUUUUCAGUUUUUUUGUCUUAUUUCUUGUUUGUUUCACAAGAAAAAAUAUUUUGCAUCUUCAAAAUGGUAGGCAUUUUGUGUAAAUCAAAUGAUACAAACCCCCCAAAAAUCUAUUUGAAUUCCAGGUUGUAAGGCAACAAAAUAGGAAAAAUGCCAAGGGGGGUGAAUACUUUCGCAAGCCACUGUAUUUCUGGGGUAGACUAGUUAAUUCACUUGUAUCUGAUCCAAUGGUUUCAUUCCAUUUGGUCAUGAUCUUCGAUAUUAAGUUUUGUCAUUCCUCAACUUGUUUUUCUGUUUCUCAGAGUUCUCCCAGCAACACUAUUGGGCGGACCCCACCCCGCCACACCCCCAGCCGGACCAGCCCCCUCACCUCCCCGACCAACUGCUCCCAUGGUGGGCUGUCUCCCAGGUACGUACCUCCCUUCUGUCAGACCUUUAUCUACAGUGAUUGUGUCAUUGUGUCUCCUAAUGCAUGGCUAAACCACAGAGCGCUGGUUGAAGUUUUGUUCUUCUUUACCGUGCAUUCGAAUACUCUUCUCUUAUUAAUGCAUGCCGACCUCUAACCUAACCUCAACUCAGAUCAGACUGUAGUUUCUUUUUCUCUUUUCUCCUCCCUCUGCUGCACUCUUCUCUUUUUCUUUCUCUCUUUUUCCUUCUUUCUCUCUCUCUUCUCUGUGUGUGUGAUCCCUUGUGUUGUUGCCCCUGCCCCGUUCUCUCCCUCCUCCUUCUGUCCGUCCUUCCCUCGUGGCCGUGCUGUGCUGUGACCACAGUCGGUUGUGGGGUGGGUGUUGGAGUGGCGAUGGGCUGUCUAAGCACCCCCCUCCCCCUCAUCCUCCUCCGCCUCCCUCCACCCCCUCCGGCCCCGCCCUCAGGGUCCUCCGCAGAGCGUACUCUCCCAGGUAACACUCCUAGGGACGGGGCCUCAGGGUCCCAGGAGGGGCGGGACAGGAAGUCCUCCCAAUUUCCCUCGACCAAUAGGGAUUCCUUGCUUCAAGUCACAGGACGCGUUAUGGCAUCCAGUCUUCUCUGGAUAGUUAUCUCUCCCUUCUUAGUUAUAGCAUCAUGCCAAUCAUCAAUUGUCAGAGCUGCAUCCAAAAUACAUAUUUUACCUACAGCAAUGAAUAUGAGCCCUGGCAUGGUGUAAGACUAAUACAACUAGUCUCUUCGUGUGAGUAUUUGUCUCUGUUUGUUUUUGUCCUGACCACCCUGUAUAUAACCCAUCUCCCCUGUCGUCCUGUGUCUCCUCAGUAUGUUGGAGUAUGACACAGAGAACAUGAACUCUGAUGAGAUCUACAACUCCCUGCGAGGAGUCACAGAGGCCAUCCAGAGUUUCAGCUAUCGCAGCCAGGAGGACCUCAACGAACCAAGAGGGAAGAGGGACGAUGCUGUGAGUCAUUACCUCAGCUCUGGAAAUGAAACUGACUGACUGAUUAAUUGACUGAUGUUGGGGAAGGAAACGGACGUCAGCGAGAAGCACAAUACAAAAUGGCUAAUUGUUAAAUCAAGAGCAGGAUUUAGGCUAAUGUGUUCCUUCCUGUUUCUUCCUCGCUGGUUAUCACAGCCAUUUUCACAUGCAGAGUAACAAUCAAUCAUUCACGUUAAUCUAUAAAGCUCUUUUUACAUCAACAGUUGUCACAUCCUUAAGACAUCAAAACUGACUACCGCUAUGUUUCUUUUCUAUCUCUCUCUUCAGGUGGGGCGUGAAGUUGUGGCGUCCUCCCCAGGCUCUGAUGCCCGUUUGGGGCUGGAUGUGGUGGAGGGUGGGCGUACAGCCCUGGAUAACAAGACCUCCCUCCUCAACACCCCGUCUCCCCGCUCCUUCUCCGGGCCGCGGGCCAGGGAGUUCGCCCCCUACGGGUAUGGGGACACCAUCACCUCAUCCUACGACAAGAGUGCCCUAAAGGAGGCCGUGUUCGACGAUGACGUGGAACAGUUCAGAGACUGUGAGUCACCUUUGACCUCUGCUUGACCCUUAACCCUGUGACGCCACCUCCAUGUUGACCACCUCUGAUCCAUCCUGUAAUGUCAUGACAUGAUGGUGUGACAUCUUCAGGUUUUGGCAACACAAAGAAAUAAUAGAUUUGGCCCAUUCUAGUGUUACAUGGUGGCUGAAACGAGAUUGAUAGAAUGAAUGUUAAGACCAAAAACAUUGGGAAUAGAAUAGCCCUUUAUCUGCAGUGAAUAGUGAGUCUGCUGGCUAUAGUCAGUCCUCCUCCCUCCUGAUUGUCCUCCUUCCUCCUCUCCCCCUCCCUCCCUCCUCUACAGGCCGUCGGCAGGACGGCAGUGGUGAAAACAAGAUGGUGCUGCCUAAGGGCUUUGCUCCUGGUAAAGACGCACUACUCCAUGACUGUUGUUUUUUCCUUUCGAAAGUUUUUCAUUGCUGUUUCCAUUGCCAUCCAUUUCAAUGUCUUGAGUGAUUCCCUGUCACUUUUCCUUUUGCUUUCGUGGGGAUACUAGCUCGCUAAGUAUGGCUGAGGCGGUAUAUGGGCCGUACCACUCACCCAGUCUGCUGUCCUUUCCUCAGGUUCCCAGGACCACUCAGACCUUGUGGCAGACCUUCUAAAGGAGCUGUCAAAUCACAACGAGCGUGUGGAUGAGCGUAAGGGGGCCUUGGUGGAGCUGCUGAAGAUCACACGAGAGGACAGCCUGGCCGUGUGGGACGAACACUUCAAGACCAUCCUCCUACUGCUCCUGGAGACACUGGGGGAUAAAGACGUAGGGAUCCUAUACUCCUAUAGCUCUGAUUAUGCAGAUCGCUGCUAUUUCGAAGGUUUUACUUGCAAUGAUUGUGAUUGUGGCAAACACAUGCGUACAGAAUAACUAGACAGCAGCUGUACUACCAAAUAGAUUAUUUAUUAAACUGCUAACUUGAAAGCCUCUCUAAGGCUUAAAGGUUUUGGUUUGGGUGUAGAUGUGGGUGGGUGGUGGGCAUGCAUGCAUGGUUGCAAGAAGGCUGUACAGUAUGCGUAUGUUUGGAGGUUUAAUGGACACUCAUUCUUCGUCUUCCCUCCAUGUAGCACACCAUCCGGGCCCUGGCUCUGCGGGUUCUGAAGGAGAUACUGAGAAACCAACCGGCCCGCUUCAAAAACUAUGCUGAACUCACCAUCAUGAAGACCCUGGAGGCACACAAAGACUCACACAAGGAGGUACAACUCCUGAUAUUCCUUACAUUUAUAUUGCUCUAUGGUCUUUUACGCAAUAGGCAUCUGAAAAAACAAUGAUGUCCCCCAAGCCUCAGUACUAGGACCUCUCCUGUUCUGUCCUGUUCUCUCUGUACACACCAUAUACAAAGGCAUCAUGAGUGAUCUCUUCCCUUUCUGUCCAGGUGGUGCGGGCAGCGGAGGAGGCAGCCUCCACCCUAGCCGGCUCCAUCCACCCAGAGCAGUGUAUCAAGGUGCUGUGUCCCAUCGUCCAGACGGCUGACUACCCCAUCAACCUGGCUGCCAUCAAGAUGCAGACCAAGGUGAUAGAACGCAUCACCAAGGAGUCCCUCCACCAGCUGCUUCCUGAUAUCAUACCAGGACUACUGCAGGUGAGAAUCUGGUCCUGUUUGGCAUUAUGUGAGUGUUUGGUAACACAGUGCAGUCAAAACAUGAUUUUCCUGUGUUUUAUAUAUAUUGCCACACUAUGAGGUUGGAAUAAUACUGUCAAAUUGUGAAAAUUAUGAUAAUGUCCUUUUAGUGUAAGAGCUGUUUGAAAAUACUGCCUGAAAUGUCAGCCUGUUUUGGUGGGAUAGAAUGUUUGCCUGCAUGGUGACCUCACCAGGUGGUAAAUGAGUUAAUAGACAAAUAAGAAAGAGAGUUCCAAACCUCUCUGCCAAUAACAGCUAGUUUUCCCCUCCCCACCCAGACCACUUCCUGACAGUCCUAGCAAAAUUCUUGCUUGAGAAAUUGCUCUUUGCUAAGAAGCUAUUUUUGUAUAUUUUUUACCAUUUUAAUAGAAAACAAUCACAGUAAGGUUCUUAAUUGUUACCCAGAAAUGAUUUGAUAUUGAGAUAAAAACGGCUGCAUUGGACCUUUAACACCAAGGUUGUGGGUUCAAUUUCAGCAUGGAUCAAUAAAAGUGUCUACUAAGUGGCAUAUACACUGCUCAAAAAAAUUAAGGGAACACUAAAAUAACACAUCCUAGAUCUGAAUGAAUGAAAUAAUCUUAUUAAAUACUUUUUUCUUUACAUAGUUGAAUGUGCUGACAACAAAAUCACACAAAAAUUAUCAAUGGAAAUCAAAUUUAUCAACCCAUGGAGGUCUGGAUUUGGAGUCACCCUCAAAAUUAAAGUGGAAAACCACACUACAGGCUGAUCCAACUUUGAUGUAAUGUCCUUAAAACAAGUCAAAUUGAGGCUCAGUAGUGUGUGUGGCCUCCACGUGCCUGUAUGACCUCCCUACAAUGCCUGGGCAUGCUCCUGAUGAGGUGGCGGAUGGUCUCCUGAGGGAUCUCCUCCCAGACCUGGACUAAAGCAUCCGCCAACUCCUGGACAGUCUGUGGUGCAACGUGGCGUUGGUGGAUGGAGCGAGACAUGAUGUCCCAGAUGUGCUCAAUUGGAUUCAGGUCUGGGGAACGGGCGGGCCAGUCCAUAGCAUCAAUGCCUUCCUCUUGCAGGAACUGCUGACACACUCCAGCCACAUGAGGUCUAGCAUUGUCUUGCAUUAGGAGGAACCCAGGGCCAACCGCACCAGCAUAUGGUCUCACAAGGGGUCUGAGGAUCUCAUCUCGGUACCUAAUGGCAGUCAGGCUACCUCUGGCGAGCACAUGGAGGGCUGUGUGGCCCCCCAAAGAAAUGCCACCCCACACCAUGACUGACCCACCGCCAAACCGGUCAUGCUGGAGGAUGUUGCAGGCAGCAGAACGUUCUCCACGGCGUCUCCAGACUCUGUCACGUCUCUCACAUGUGCUCAGUGUGAACCUGCUUUCAUCUGUGAAGAGCACAGGGCGCCAGUGGCGAAUUUGCCAAUCUUGGUGUUCUCUGGCAAAUGCCAAACGUCCUGCACGGUGUUGGGCUGUAAGCACAACCCCCACCUGUGGACGUCGGGCCCUCAUACCACCCUCAUGGAGUCUGUUUCUGACUGUUUGAGCAGACACAUGCACAUUUGUGGCCUGCUGGAGGUCAUUUUGCAGGGCUCUGGCAGUGCUCCUCCUGCUCCUCCUUGCACAAAGGUGGAGGUAGCAGUCCUGCUACUGGGUUGUUGCCCUCCUACGGCCUCCUCCACGUCUCCUGAUGUACUGGCCUGUCUCCUGGUAGCGCCUCCAUGCUCUGGACACUACGCUGACAGACACAGCAAACCUUCUUGCCACAGCUCGCAUUGAUGUGCCAUCCUGGAUGAGCUGCACUACCUGAGCCACUUGUGUGGGUUGUAGACUCUGUCUCAUGCUACCACUAGAGUGAAAGCACCGCCAGCAUUCAAAAGUGACCAAAACAUCAGCCAGGAAGCAUAGGAACUGAGAAGUGGUCUGUGGUCACCACCUGCAAAACCAGUCCUUUAUUGGGGGUGUCUUGCUAAUUGCCUAUAAUUUCCACCUGUUGUCUAUUCCAUUUGCACAACAGCAUGUGAAAUGUAUUGUCAAUCAGUGUUGCUUCCUAAGUGGACAGUUUGAUUUCACAGAAGUGUGAUUGACUUGGAGUUACAUUGUGUUGUUUAAGUGUUCCCUUUAUUUUUUUGAGCAGUGUAUUAUGUUAUUAUAUAGAAUGCGGGUGGAGGGGGCAUUGCGGGGGGAAAGUAGAAACAUCCUUACAGUAUCUGCACAUAUAUCUGUUCAUGUUGAUAUUUGGACUGUGGGAACAGUUAUUUGUACCUGGAAAUGUUUCUAUGUAGGUGUGGAGUUGUGUAUGGAGUGGUGGACAGACGGCAAAAGCCUCAAUCAUAUUAUGACUGCAUAGCAAAAUAAGUGUUUCUCUGUUUUCUUAGAUCUAAAUUUGUUUUAGUUCUGCAGAUGACUUUGUUUAGAACUGUGAAUGCAGGAUUAGGGAAUUUAAAGAAAAUAAAGUUGAAAAAUCCUUGGUAGUUUCUAGGCCUACACCAUAUUUGUUCAUGUUCAUAUUUGGACAGUGGGAACAGUUUGCUUUAUUUAUACCUGGAAAUGUUUGCCUGUACUCGGCCCCUGAGCACACACCUCUGCCACUCCUCCCACGUUCCCAAUGACCUGUGGGCCACUCAGUGUGUAUACGUGUGUGUGUUCACUCUUGUUUCUCCGUCUGUGUCUCCUGCUGGCAGCCUGUCCAUUAAUACUGAUCAUCGGUCUAUCUAUCUGUUCCCAGGGCUAUGACAACACGGAGAGUAGUGUUCGCAAGGCUAGUGUGUUCUGUCUGGUGGCCAUCUACUCCGUGAUUGGAGAAGAGCUAAAACCACACCUGCAGCUACUCACGGGCAGC